AUGAUCAAACUUCUACUUCGUCGUGAUGCUAAUUCUUCACUUAGUAAUUGGUCAUUACUAGUUCUUGCUCUAGCUGUUCGAGCUGCUGUUAAAGAUAUUGUUGAAUUAUUAUUAAAGAAAAAAGCUCAAGUUAAUUGUCGAAUAAAUGUUGUUCGUCAUGCUUCUUUAAUUCCAUUACAUAUUGCUUGUGGUUGUUUAUCAUCAAAUGUAAUCGAUAUUGCUCAACAAUUAUUAGAACAUGGAGCACAUGUCAAUGCAGAAUCAUUACCAAGUGGUCAAGAAUAUUUAUCACUUGCUGAUCCAUCAGUUACCGACAUACACAGAAUAAAUGACUCUGUUCCACAUGGUCGUACUCCUUUACAUAUAAUAUGUACACGUGAAGCAACAGAAGAUACAUUAUCUCUAGUUCGUCUA